AUGGCUCGCCGCCGUCGCCCCCCACCGCCCGACGACACACCUGCCCCCAAGGUUGCCAUCCCCGAGAGCUCCUUCCCUUACAUCAUGGACCUCAUCUUCCAAGCGGCCGACCACAAUACCCUGCUUGUCUUACGCACGAUGAACCGCGACUGCCGAGAGCGUGCCGACGCCAUCCUCCUGCGCCACAUUGUCAUCAAGGGUCAAAAGAACAUGUUCGAACCCCGCCUCGACCGCCUCGGGUACCAAUUCUUUGAAGUGGACGGGUGCCGAGCUCGCAUUCGUCCCUUCCAAGCCAUGCUAUCGAGGCAGGACAUGACUGUAUGGGCCGACCGGGUCCACCGCUGGUCCAAGAAAGAGACGGGGCUCAAGCAUGCCCAAGUCGUCGACAUUGUACACACCCUGCGCGACGUCUACGGCUUCGAGUUACCAUCACUCAAGACCAUCCGUGUACAUCACACACGAGACGUUCAGCUCCACGAACAGCUCAGGUUCACCAUUUACCGUCUUCCCCCAACUACCGAGCAAGUAGUCACCUUUGGCCACCACUUCCCAGUCAACCUCCCCCGCAAGGGCCAGCACUGGUUCUCAAGUGUCGACGACCCACACUUCACGCACAGCAUCGAUUCCGUGAUCAUCAAUAUCCUCCCGGGUGGAUUCAGCAACCCGCUCCUCCACACCAACGAGUAUAUGGACUGGGAGAACGUUAGCAACGUCCGCGUCGUCCUGUCCCCCGACUUUUGCCGCCGCCAGGACGAAGACCGCUUUAACUGGCUCGACCCUUGGUCUCUUUUCGCCUGCGAGCUCCGAUCUCUCCUCGUGAAGGCGGCAAUGGACAAGAAGACCACAGGAUCUUUGACCCUUGUCGGUGUCGCUGAUGCUUGGUUCAAGACGACCGACUGCAUGAAGCUAGGGAGGGAUUUGAGGAGGGUGAUGGAUCCGCAGGACGUCCUUUGCCCCGGCUUCUGGUACGCCAAUGGCGACAUCAUGCUGCAGAAGAUUCAUGAUCUGGUCAGCCUCGGCAGUCUCAUCCGCGUCGUUGAAGACUACAAGAUCACCGUUCUGUCCCUCGACCAGUACCGCGCGACUCGAACCCCCGCCGAAUUCGAAGUUGAAACCGUCCCCAAUGCCUUCCUCCUUGCGGCCUCGGAAGCUGCAGAGAUUGAGGACUACUAUUGA